AUAUUUAAGAAGGGGGAAAAUUGCGGGUCGAGUUUCUAGCAAGAAUUCCAACCUGUCUCCAAAGCACGCCCGAGCUGAGCGCGCACCUUCUUCUUCUCCAUAAUUUCCCCCUUUUUUUUCUUCUUCCCCUUCCAUCUCCUCUCCGUCUCUUCUCCGUCUCUCUCGUCAAUGGCGGCCUCCAGCUCCGGCGUCUCGAUUCCUGCGUCCGAGGCCGUGCAGGUGCUGGUGUCGUCCCUGGCGGAUGAAUCCCCUCUCGUGCGCGAGGCCUCCAUGGCAUCUCUCAAGGACAUCGCCGCUCUGAACCCGCUCCUGGUGCUCGAGUGUUGCUACACCGUCUCUCGCGGAGGUCGACGGCGGUUCGGUAACAUGGCCGGAGCUUUUCAAGUCAUGUCAGUGGGAGUGCAAGCGCUGAAUGCGAGAGAUGUGGAUCCGGCUUUCAUGUCGAAGCUAGCCAAGAUUGCUACCGCCGAGAUGAUAUCCUCCAAGGAAUUAAAUGCUGACUGGCAACGAGCUGCUGCAGGAUUGCUUGUUUCAAUAGGAUCGCACUUGCCUGACCUUAUGAUGGAAGAAGUCUUCCUUCAUUUAUCGGGUCCGAGUUCGGCUCUUCCUGCUAUGAUUCAGAUACUAGCAGAUUAUGCUUCUGCAGAUGCUCUGCAGUUCACCCCAAGGCUUAAAGGUGUACUUCAACGAGUUCUUCCGAUUCUUGGAAAUGUCCGAGAUCCCUAUCGGCCAAUAUUUGCUAACGCAUUUAAGUAUUGGUGCCAAGCUACUCGGCUGUAUGUUACGGAGUUUCCUUCUCACUCACCCCUUGAUGCUGAUGUCAUGUCAUUCUUGAAUUCUGCCUUUGAGCUUUUAUUGCGGGUGUGGGCAGCUUCCCGGGAUCUGAAGGUGCGAACAACUUCUGUGGAAGCAUUGGGACAAAUGGUUGGCCUUAUCACUCGCACACAAUUAAAAGGGGCUUUACCAAAGCUAGUUCCCACAGUAUUAGAUUUGUACAAGAGAGAUCAAGAAAUUGCAUAUCUGGCUACAUGCAGUCUUUACAAUGUCUUAUAUUCCUCUUUGAUGUCUGAAAGUGGUCCUCCUCUGCUCGACUUUGAGGAUCUUACAGUCAUACUUUCUACCCUUCUUCCAGUUGUUUGUGUAAAUAAUGAAGGCAAAGAGCGCGCAGAUUUCUCAGUUGGACUGAAGACAUACAAUGAAGUUCAACGCUGCUUUUUGACGGUUGGCUCUGUAUAUCCUGAAGACUUGUUUGGGUUCCUCAUGAACAAAUGCAGGCUGAAAGAAGAACCUUUGACUUUUGGUGCAAUUUGUGUUCUGAAGCAUCUUGUACCGAGGUUGUCUGAAGCGUGGCACAGCAAAAGGCCUUCACUAGUAGAAGCUGUGAAGUCUUUACUAGAUGAGCAAAGUUUGAGUGUGCGAAAGGCACUCUCAGAGCUGAUUGUAGUCAUGGCUUCACACUGUUACUUGGUCGGCCCAUCCGGGGAGUUGUUUGUGGAGUACCUAGUCCGCCACUGUUCUUUGUCAGAUCAUGAGAGAACUGAUCCUGAAAGCUCGAAGGAGAUCCAGAAUAGGAGAUUGGAGGUGAGGAUUGGAGUGGUUAAUCCAGCUGAAUUAAGGGCAAUUUGUGAGAAAGGUCUUCUUUUGCUUACUAUAACGAUUCCUGAAAUGGAGCAUAUCCUUUGGCCUUUCCUUUUGAAGAUGAUAAUUCCAAGGAUGUAUACAAGUACGGCGGCCACGGUCUGCAGAUGUAUCUCAGAACUAUGCAGACAUCAAACUUACAAUAAUACCGAUACCAUGUUAAGUGAUUGCAAAGCUCGUCCUGAUAUUCCUUCUCCUGAGGAGCUUUUUGCCCGCUUAUUGGUUCUUCUUCAUGAUCCUUUAGAACGACAGCAACUGGCAACUCAUAUUUUAACUGUUUUGUAUUACCUGGCACCUCUCUUUCCAAGAAAUGUCAACUUGUUCUGGCAGGAUGAGAUUCCAAAAAUGAAGGCAUAUGUUAGCGACACGGAGGACCUGAAGCUAGAUCCUUCAUAUCAAGAAACAUGGGAUGACAUGAUUAUUAAUUUUCUUGCUGAAUCCUUGGAUGUGAUUCAAGACAUUGAUUGGGUGAUUUCUCUUGGAAAUAGUUUCACCAGACAAUACGAAUUGUACACAUCUGAUGAUGAACAUUCUGCAUUACUUCACCGGUGUCUUGGUGUGCUGCUUCAGAAAGUUGAUGACAGAGCUUAUGUACGUGACAAGAUUGCCUGGAUGUAUAAACAAGCUAAUAUUUCAAAUCCAACUAACAGGCUUGGUUUAGCAAAAGCCAUGGGACUGGUUGCAGCGUCUCACCUGGAUACCGUACUAGAAAAGUUGAAGGAUAUUCUGGAUAAUGUUGGUCAAAGUCUUGUUCAGAGGUUCCUUUCUUUCUUUUCAGAUAGUUUUAAAGGGAUCGAGUGUGAUGAUAUACAUGCUGCUUUAGCUUUGAUGUAUGGAUAUGCUGCAAGAUAUGCUCCAUCAACAGUUAUCGAAGCUAGGAUUGAUGCACUUGUUGGGACCAAUAUGCUUUCACGACUUCUUCAUGUGCGGCACCCUACUGCAAAGCAGGCCGUUAUCACUGCUAUUGAUUUGUUAGGUCGCGCUGUCAUAAACGCUGCGGAAAGUGGUGCGCCAUUCCCACUGAAAAGAAGGGAUCAAUUGCUAGAUUAUAUAUUAACAUUGAUGGGAAGGGAUGAUAAUGAUGGUUGGACUGAUUCCAAUCUUGAACUUCUACGUACUCAGGCCCUUGCCUUGAGUGCUUGUACUACUUUAGUUUCUGUGGAGCCAAAGCUAACAAUUGAGACAAGAAACUAUGUUCUGAAGGCCACGUUGGGGUUCUUUGCCCUACCAAAUGAUCCACUUGAUGUUGUAAAUCCUCUGAUAAACAACUUGAUUGAUCUUCUAUGUGCAAUCCUUCUCACAAGUGGGGAAGAUGGAAGAAGUAGGGCUGAGCAGCUGUUGCAUAUAUUGAGACAGAUUGAUAGAUACAUUGCUUCCCCAGUGGAUUAUCAAAGAAAAAGAGGCUGUCUUGCAGCAUAUAAGAUGCUUACCAAGUUUCGCUUGCUUUGUGCCACUGGAUAUUGUUCGCUGGGCUGUCAUGGAACUUGUACUCAUAGCAAACAAAUUGACCGUGGCCUGCUUGGGAAUUUCUCCAGCUUACCAACGGCAUAUGUGUUGCCGAGUCGUGAAGGGUUAUCGCUGGGAGAUAGGGUUAUAGUAUAUCUACCACGUUGUGCAGACGUGGAAUCUGAAGUCAGGAAGAUGUCAGCUGAGAUUCUUGAUCAGCUUUUCAGUAUCUCCCUCUCUCUUCCACGGCCUGUAAGUGCUAGUGUUAUGGAUGUCGAAUCGUCCUAUAGCGCCUUAUCAUCUCUUGAGGAUGUCAUAGCUAUACUACGGAGUGAUGCUUCUAUUGAUCCCUCUGAGGUGUUCAAUCGAAUAGUUUCCUCCGUCUGUGGGUUACUGACAAAGGAUGAGCUGCUGUCUACUCUUUAUGGUUGCACAGCAGCUAUUUGUGAUAAGAUAAAGCAAUCAGCAGAAGGGGCUAUUCAGGCAGUCACUGAAUUUGUCUCUAAGAGGGGGGCUGAGCUGAAUGAAAAUGAUGUUUCGAGGACAACCCAAUCGUUGCUGUCUGCUGCAAAUCAUGUAGCUGAGAAGCAGUUACGCCUGGAAACACUCAGUGCCAUCUGUUCUCUUGCUGAAAAUACUAGUUCGAAGGCUGUUUUCAAUGAAGUAUUGGCUGCUGCUGGGAGGGACAUAGUCACGAAGGAUAUAUCAAGGUUACGUGGUGGUUGGCCGAUGCAGGAUGCUUUUUAUGCAUUUUCGCAGCACACCAUACUUGCUUAUAGUUUUCUUGAGCACAUCAUAUCUAUUAUCAACCAGAGCCCUGGCAAUAGGGAUGAUUUAAUCAAAGUGGAGAUAUCCAGCUGUGCCUUGGAAGGUCAUUUAGACAACGAGUUUCUGCAAGCUGCUGUUGUUGCGCUUACGGCAUUUUUCAGGGGUGGUGGCAAAGUUGGAAGAAAAGCCAUUGAACAGAGCUAUUCUCAUGUCCUCACGGAACUUAUUAUCCAAUUGGGAAGUUCUCAUGGCCUAGCUGGUGCUGGUCAGCAUGAACCACUACAGGCCCUUCUUGCUGCAUUCCAGGCAUUCUGUGAAUGUGUUGGAGACCUUGAAAUGGGAAAGAUUUUGGCUAGGGAUGGGGAGCAAAAUGAAGAUGAGAAGUGGGUUAAUCUUAUUGGAGAUCUAGCAGGCAGCAUAUCCAUAAAGAGACCAAAAGAAGUACAAAGUAUAUGUGUAAUUUUGAGCAGCUCUUUGAAUCGGAAUCAUAGAUACCAAAGAGAAGCUGCUGCAGCUGCAUUAUCCGAGUUUAUUCGUUACAGCGGUGGGUUUGAUUCAGUUUUGGAGCAAAUGGUUGAAGCAAUGUGCAGGCAUGUCUCAGAUGAGUCUCCGACUGUUAGACGCCUUUGCCUGAGAGGGCUGGUGCAGAUUCCUUCUGUCCACAUUGUUCAGUACACAGCUCAGGUUCUUGGUGUAAUUUUGGCUUUACUUGAUGACACAGAUGAAUCAGUGCAAUUAACUGCAGUCUCAUGCUUACUAACGAUUUUGGACUCAGCCCGAAAAGAAGCUGUGGAGCCCAUUUUGCUUAAUCUUUCUAUGCGGCUUCGUAAUCUACAGAUUUCCAUGGAUGUGAAGAUGAGAGCUGAUGCUUUUGCUGCAUUUGGAGCUCUAAGCAACUAUGCAGUUGGACCACAACGUGAGGCAUUCGUCGAACAGGUACAUGCUGUGCUCCCUCGCUUGGUUUUUCAUUUGUACGAUGAUAAUCAUGGCAUCAGACAGGCUUGUCGGAGUACUCUGAAGCGAGUUGCCCCGUUAUUUGAAACUGAGGGAUUUUCUGUGCCUUUCAAUGUGCAAAACUUUAAUUCUGACCACCGAAGUGACUACGAGGACUUUGUGAGAAACCUUGCAAAACAAUUCACUCAACAUCUUUCCUCCAGAGUUGAUACAUAUAUGGCUUCAACAAUACAGGCUUUUGAUGCGCCUUGGCCCAUUAUCCAGGCAAAUGCUAUUUAUUUUGCUUGCAGCCUUCUGUCACUUUCAGAUGAUCAGCACACUUUAACAGUGUAUUAUACUCAGGUGUUUUCAAUGUUGGUGGGAAAGAUGAGUCGGUCUUCAGAUGCAGUUGUUAGAGCAACAUCCUUUUCAGCACUGGGAUUGUUACUGAAAUCCACUAAUUCACCAUCAUGGAGAGAAGUUCGACUAGAUCGGGUUGAUUCAAUCCGGAGGGGUCAUGGUUCAGAGUCUCCGAGGAAAUGAGCGAGAAGGCAAAACUUACAAGUGGAUAUGACAUCCCGAUUCCCGAAUUUUGACGUCAUGGGUUAAGGUUGCUUAAUCAAUGCCCACCGAACUCGAAGGAGUUUAGUGCUGGGGAUCACUGAUUACCCAACCUCUGCUGAGUGAAGCAUUUUGGACAGCUUUAGAAGCCAAUAAUGGUUGAGGAAUGAAGCCUGUGCAGUUGCCCCUCCUUGUAAUUUAGUACAGCAGUGAUUGUAAAGCAUGUAAUUGUACUGUACUUUUCCUUUUGUGUGUCAGCUCCAUAAUUCCUAUUAGUUUAGGCAAUAUAGGUUGGUAACUUGUAUCUGUUUGUACCAACAAUGCCCUUAGAAUGUGAGGUUUCUUCGGUCGAAGGAUGAUGUUCCGACUGAAUCACGUGUAUCAUAAAUGGCAACUUUCAUUGUAAUUGUAUCUGCCAGCAUAUGGGAUGGAUUUGUCUGCGUCUAACUUCAAUGUCGGAUGAGGGGAUAGUUUUGAUGUCA